AUGAAAAUUGAAAUACUGCUCCAAAGAAACAAUUUAUUUGUUCAAAUAGAGAAUGCAGACUUCAAAAAGUUUUAUAAAGAUUAUUUGCAAAAAAAGUGGACAAUAAUGCUUAACAAAUGGUGCAAUGAGUUAAUAGAGCAACAAAAUUUAAAACAGGAAACAAAAAUAUUUUCAAAAACAAAAGAAAUACAUAAUUUUUUAAUUGCAACCUUCUGUAAAGAUGAUCUGUUAAAAGAAGUUGAGAUAAACGACUUACUUAAAAAACUUCAAACUAAUGAUGAUAUAUUUGAUGAAAUCUCGAUAGAAGCGAUAGAAUUGCUUCACUUAUUAAGUGGAAUUCAAUUUAUUGAUAAGAUACUAAAAACGGAUGCAAUUGCUGAUGACAUAAAGGUUGAAGAAGUAUGGAAACAAGCCCUAAAGGCUUGUUGGAAGCAAUCCAUUCCUUUAUAUAAAGAAGGAGAGGGAUUUUUAAACCAGCUUUUUUAUAAUGAUGAACUUAACACAAAUGA